UUUCACAGUUGGUGAACUACCUCUAUUUGGUCAAGGACUAUGUUGUUAAAAAAAUCUUUCAAACUGUUUAUUUUCCGCCUUUCUUGGAUUCUUCUAGGGGUCUGAUCGGCGUUUAGGGGGGAACCGUGUGAGCGGCCCGUGUGAGGACUGUGUGUCCGGCCCGGGUGAGACUUCUUCGGACAGCUGCUUAGCGGUUUUGCGAUCUGGAGGUUUCACUGCAAGUUAGCUCAACAGCUAAUCCGAAAAGUCACGUCACCUGUGCGGACUCGAAUUAAAAGUUUCCCCGCAAAGCCGGGACAGCCGGGUGAGUUUUAACCGGAUGUCCUUACUAAACUUUGUCUCGAGUGUUUUUUCGCGGGGUUUGUAUAUAAUCUCGUUUUUACGCAGACGUUAAAUUUGCGUUGGAAACGGCAGCAAGUGAAGCGUAUCCGCGGUGAAUAAAUGACGUCGCCCCCCGCAGUGAAACACGGAUAAGGGUCUUUUUUGUGAGGGAAAUGCGAUAGAGAGAAGACAGCGUCCGUGUUCAGCGGCUCUACGGUUAGCUGCUCGAGAGGCCUGCGGGUCGGGCUUCCACCGGGCUUGAGUAGAGCCCGACGCCGCCGUCUGAAGGUCGGAGGCCGGCAGUCGGCGCUUCCACCGCCGGGCCUUCGUACCGAGGUAUGGAACGGAUGGAAGUCGACCAGUGCGCAGGCGCAGCUGGCGGGGCAGGAGGCGGGGCACUCCGUAGAUCUAACAGCGCCCCCAUGAUCACCAGCGUCAGUGAUGGGAUGGCGGUCUUCAGUCCCGUGACGUCAGCUCGGUACAGACGCAGCAGUGUGUCCAUCAACCCCAGCUGCCCCUCACAGCUCGUCCCUCUCUCUCCUUUCUCUCUGACCGGAGACAGACUGGACCAGAAGAGGCAGGAGGAGAACAUGGAGAUGAUGCUCAGAGGGAGUCUGCAGAGAAUAAGUGCUUCC